AUGAUUGUUUAUCUUGUAUAUGUCAAUGGUGAAUGGGAUGACCACAUAUUAGGAUCACCAUUUGCACAACCUAAAUCUGAUCAUCAUGGUGAUUUUGGUGAUCACCAUAAACCACAUAUUCACCAUGAUCCACGAGGUGACAAGAUUAAAACUAUAAGAAAGAAAGUAGCAGGUGUUUGUGGCGGAGAAGUAUACUUUCCUAGAUCACAUAUUUGUUGUGAUGGUAUAUUACAUAGAAGACAGGGGAUGAGACCGGCUUGUUGUGGUGAUAAACUCUACGAUUUCGUCUUUGAUCUCUGCUGUGAUGAGAAUAAAGUUCGCCCCAGAACAGUUGGUCGACCAGUCUGUUAG